AUUAAUCUCUUUUUAAUGAAUUGAAUGAAUGAAAUGAAUGUGUGUGAGAGAGAGAAAAAAACAAAAGCAAAACAAACUCUCAAAAAGAAUCAAAAUUUUUUUUACAUUUGUAGCAAAGUCUCACAAAACAUUUAUUAAUCUUUAUUUUUAUUUUUUUUGCCGAAGAAGAAGAAGGCUGGCAAAGGGAGCUUGGGUUAAUUGUUGUCCACACCCUCCUCUUCCUCUUAUCUUCUUCUCUGAUCAUCAUCCCCCCAUCACUAAUCAAUUUCCCCAUACAUCUUUCUCUACCUUUUUUUUAUUUUUAUUUUUUACAUUUUAUUAUUAUAAAUAUAUUCACUUUGUUAAACCAUAAUCUUUACUCAAUUCACUAAAUCUCACUUUGCUUCCUGUGUGUUUCUCUUGGAUCUUCAGCUGAUCAUCAUCAUCAAUAAUGAUUUAGCAGAUCUUUUUUUUUUUUUCUUCCUUAGUUCUUAAUUUAUUCCCUCUCACUGUCAUUUCUUCCCUCUUAACAACAAUUGACUAAAACCAUGUUUUCUUAAGAGGGCUUUUUGUCAAAAAAAUCAAAAUUCUACCUUGAGCUAAAAGAGGGGGAAGAAAAAGGAAAAAAAAGAAAAGAAAGAAAGAAUGGAUUUUGACGAGGAGCAUGAAGAACAAGAGGAAGAGAUUGAGAUGCAUCCAAUGCAAACUGGGAAUCAUCAAACAAUUUCGGGUUCCGGAAGAGGAGGCGGAGAUGGGGUUUCAGCUGCGGCUUCAGCUAGGAAAAACGUUGGUGGCGGCGGCGGAGGUGGAGGUGGAGGCGGAGGCGGUGGCGGAAGUGGUGCUGGCGGCGGAGGAAGUGGCGGAGGUGGAGGAACAACGACGACCACUUACAGAUACAGAGAAUGCUUAAAGAAUCACGCGGUGGGGAUUGGAGGGCACGCGCUGGAUGGCUGUGGGGAGUUUAUGGCAGCCGGAGAAGACGGAACCCUAGAAUCACUCCAAUGUGCCGCUUGCAACUGUCACCGGAAUUUCCACCGGAAGGAACCGGAGGGAGAAGGGUUCCACCGCCCACAUCCACCAUCCCACCAUCACCACCCCCACAACCCACACCAUUCCACCCACCACCAGAAUUUCUCCUCGGCGGCGGCCUACUCAUUCCGGUCUCCUCAUCCAUCAGGUUACCUCCACAUGACGCCGCCAAGCCGGCCUUUGGCGCUGCCGUCGACUUCCAGGGAGGAUGAAGACAUGUCGAACCCGAGCAGCAGCGGAGGAGGAGGAGGAGGGAGUGGCGGUGGCGGUGGUGGCGCCGGAGGAGGGUCUAAGAAGAGGUUUAGGACAAAGUUCACGCCGGAGCAAAAGGAGAAAAUGUUGGGAUUCGCGGAGAGGCUGGGGUGGCGUAUCCAGAAGCAAGAUGAGGCUUUGGUUCAACAGUUUUGUGCUGAGACUAAUGUGAGGCGCCACGUCCUCAAGGUUUGGAUGCACAACAAUAAACACACCCUCGGUAAAAAACCCUAAAUUUGUUUCCCUUCUUUUUUCUUUUUUUCCCUUUUAAGUUUUUUUUGAUGAUGAUGAUGAUGAGGGAGGAAAAUGUGCGGCAUUUUGAGGAAAUUUUUGUAAGGUUUAUUACAUGUGAUGAUGACGACAUAUUUGGGUUGGAGAAAAUGGAAGUGGAAGAGGAAGAGAUCAAUUGGUCUUUGCUUCUUUUGGUGUGUUACAAAAGGUUGGUCUGAUUAGAUUCAAGAGACUUUAGAAUGGUUUAGACUUUGUACGUUAGGGAUCCCUAAUCUGACCUUUAAUUUCAGCUUUAGAUCUUUUCAGGGGGUUUAUCCAUUGGUUUCUUUUAAUUUUUAGUGAUGAAUUUGAGGAUGAUGAUCAGUUUAAGAUGACCAUUUUCAUGGACUAAUUCUAGCUUCAUAAUUCAACUGUUUGUUCUUUUUUAUAUUUCACUUGUUUAAUUUACAUGUACUGCCUUCGUUACAUUCAAGUCUCCUUAAUUUACUCUCCUCCCACCCCACAUUAAAGCAUAGACUGCGUUCAAAGUGUGAUAUGUCGAUGAAGAAUGAUAAAUGGUGUACGCUGUGAAUUAAUGCUGGUUUUGUGCUGAGUAAAAAAAAUUUCAGUACGUGUUUGACAUGCAAAGGCUGCAAAAUUAGUACAAUCCCACCAUCUGUCAUCUUCUCUCCUUCCACAUGCUCUCCAAUUUUGGCUACUCUUUUAUCUCUUCCCCAUUUCUCAAUCUCCCCCCCACUGAGACUUCAGUUUCUUUGCAUAUUUCACAAACGUCCGUAACUGUCGUAUUUUUAUUUUUUUUUAAAAUUUCCCUACACUUCCCCUUGCGAUUUUCUCUUUGAACUUUUCUAGUUUGGACAAAGUACAAGUUUAUAUAAUUUUACAUUCUUUCCG